AUGGCCACAUCCUCCCGACGAGCAGCAGGAGCUGAAGGCUUCCAGCGCCCGCAGUACAGCAGACACCAGCACCAGCACCAGCACCAGACUCUGAACCAGCACCAGCGCCGCGCCCACACCCAGCAGACAGCAGCUGCUAACGAUGCCAAACAUGCCCAGAUCAUCGCGACACAAUCCAAAACGCGACCCUCGCAAAACAUCCUCCAACAAUCCAAUUCUACCCGCAUGAAGCGACCUCUCGACAACAUCGAUCACAUCCACGACCCUCUAAAGACCAAGAGGGCCCGAAUAACUGUCGAGAUUCUGGCCAGGCCCGUUUCGCAAGCCCUCAGCCCGCCAAGAUCAAUCACCGUGAAACCCCAAGUUCCUGCGAACCUCCCGAACAAUUACCAGAAUCAGCAGCAACAACAACCUACGGUCGCGCCCGUCCAGAAACCCCCUCCACCCGCUCAGAGUCCUUCAACUGCUGCUGGUCCCGCUCCCGCCCCACCCCAAGAUUCCACGACGGCGACAACCACAGAUCAUGGCCUCACGAAGCAUCAAGAGAAGGUCAUUAGUGGCAUCAGACACGAACUAGACCGGCUGCAGCCCAACGCCGCCGAUACCAGCUCAGCUCAAGAACGACCCGGUCGCAAAUUGCGAUCCCAGGAGGCCACUCGCUUCAAGAGCGAGUUGGCGGCCUAUUUCCCCGAUUAUGACGAAGUAAUCGGCAAUGACCCUAAGGAGCAACACAUUCUCAAUUCAGAUACCCCUAUUAUUGUUGUCGAUACCGAUCGCCCGCAAAGUACCAGACCACCUACUGCCGAUGCCGAGCUACAUGAUCUGAGUCACCAACCCAACUCCCCAAUCGUGCGAGCUUACGCCGACAACCUUUUCUCCGGACUCCACGACUCCCAACGCAUCGACUUCGCUUUUCUCGAGGCAGGGUACAAUGGAAACCAUGUUGUGGAUCCUUUGCCCGAUGCAUAUUAUGCACCAUCGCACAGGAAGGCUGAGAGACUAGAGAAGUCAAUCCGGAACACGGAGAGAGGCCGGGCGCAACAUGAAAAGGACCAGAUUAUCCGAUUGCUCAAUGAGCUACAAGGCCAUGAUUGGCUAAGGACAAUGGGCGUCAAUGGUGUCACCGAAAGCCGCAAAAAGACGUUUGAACCAGCGCGAGAUCAUUUCAUCCGAGGUUGCCAGGCCAUUUUGGAGAAAUUCCGCCUAUGGAGCCAAGAAGAGAAGAAGCGGAAACUCGAGAAGGAACGCGCCCUUGCCGAGGAAGCAGAGGAGGACGACGAAGGAAAGGAUGAGGAAGAGGAGAUAAGCGAUGAUGCAGAUGAGGAAGUAGAUGAAGACGUGGAGAUGGUCGACGCGGGAGAAGAAGAAAGCGCAAGCGAAAAUGCGAACGAAAGCGAACCUGUUGAUUACAGUGACGUCGACGCAUCUGCAAAACAACUACACGACGAGGCCAUGGCACGGGCCAAGUAUGCAGCGUCAAGUUCUUCGAAGAGGUCCCGAGGCGAACCACCCCCGAGAUCACCGGAGCCUAUGGUCUUGCGAGAGUUCACGUCCUUCUUCGAUAAAAAACACCAACGUGAUGCAGCUCUGAGCAAGGGUAGACGGAGAGGAAGGACGAUUCUGGCCUGGGGUCACCCGAUCCCUGAGACCAUGGAGCAAGACUUUGAGUUGCCGGAAGAGUAUAGGGACGAAGAAACUAUGAAGGCUCAUGAGAGGCAAAAGAGACGAGAGAGGCGGCAGCACAAACAGUGA